AUGAUUGCGCAUUUGUUUCUGUGCGCGUGUACGGAGUUGCAGUGCUUGAAGGAGUCGGAGCUCGUUUUGGUUCACCCGGGGACUUGUGCGACUACGCGGCGUUUGUGCCGAACGCGCAGUAUUAAUGUCGGCCAGCGCGUUUGCAAGUUAUGCGUGGACGGUCCAGAAAAGUCUGGCAUUGCAAGCGACCUGACUGAAUUGUAUUGGUCGGCGGGCCAGCAGAUCCGCAGGUGCGAGCAUCCCGGGGUUGACGUUUGCGUGCGCGAGCAUCCGCGGCACCCGCGGAACGAACCUUUUUCCAGACAUAUGAUUACGGGCAAUAUUGCGCAGCGCGUGCGUCUUUCAAAGCGCUUGCGGGAAGGAGUCGGAGCUCGUCUUGGUUCGUCAGGAAACUUGUGCGAUUUCAACUGGGCGGGAUGGUUAGUCGCUGCGAAGUGCGCUCGCGUUAUUAAAGAAUCCGAGAGAACAAACAGUCUCAGCGAACGAGAAACAGACUGCCUGUGCAUUGCAAAACGGAGCUUGCGGCAGGUGCGACUACGCGGCAUGGAUAUGUCUGUGAAUGCGUGCAAAUUCUUGGAGUCGCUGUAUAAGAAGACGAUUUGGUUUUGCUGA